CUUGGGUGCUAUACUUAGCAAGAUACUUAUGUAGCAAGACUUGGCACUACGCUCGUUAUUCAGGAGAUCAGCAAUCUACGCCUAACUUGUCCUCAACUUGCAAAUCACUCUCUUCAACAUUCAGACUACAUCACACUCUCCAACUAAUGCCCCCUGUACAACUCAAAACUGGGACUUGCGCACGGUGUCGAUCGAAGAAGACCCGCUGUGACGGGAAUGAGCCGUGCAACAAAUGCUCCGCCGCGAAUUCGACAUGUAACUAUCCCGAUGGUGCGAAGGAGGGUCGUUUUGGGAUGGAGUUAAAGAAGGGUGCUGCAUGUAUCCCUUGUCGAAAGAAGAAAAAGCGCUGCGACGGAAUGCUGCCCUGCCGAACCUGCAUUGCAGGCCGGCAUACCAUUCCCUGCACAUACGCAGACAAUGUUGAGCCUCUUCGCCGUCCAUCUCCCGGAAGACUAGAAACCCCCAACGCCUCGCCUCUACUGGAUAUCUCCUCGGCGAGCAGCGCCUCCUCGUCCACUCUAUCCGAUACUUCACCUUCUAGUGUGGAUGAGCAUUUCCGCUUCAUUAAUUCUCGUGGAUUUUCCCCCAGUCCCUUCGUCGAUGCCGAAUUGCCUGACUACAUCACCUUCUCUGAUUUGUCUCAGGCGCGAGAACUGUUCGUAGACUUCGCGGAGGAUCGAGACUUGGUCGGUCAAUUCCAGAAUAUGCGCAAGAAUGAUCCUCCAAAACCUGACACUCCGACAUUCGAUCUCAUCUUCGAGUCAGAGGUGCAGGGGCAAGUCUACUCGUUACCCGAGACUCCAAAAGACAAGGAGGAUGAAUUGGUGACGAUUCGCAAGCUGUUCUUGAAUCAUCGUUGUCAAUUUGGGCUGAGCGUGCCCCAAUCGGCACUGGAAGCGCUGAAGCAUGGGAAACCGCUCGACGAAGAACACAUGCAUCCUGUCCUCCUCCACGCCUGUCAGCUACUCGGCUAUAUGCUCGCUCGGCACUUACAACAUGGGACUUGGGUCCCAUUACCCGGCCAGAGCGACCGCGAAGCGGAGCAGAUUCAGCUUUGCCUUGGUGCAAUGAAAGAUGCUUCGACGGUGUCGUAUUUGCAGACACUUGGGCUCAUGUCGAGCUACUUCUUCAACAAGGGCGAUCUCGUGCGAGCACGAGACAUGAUUGAGAACGCGUACAGGCAUUUGCAGGAAACUGGAUGGAUGGAGACACUAUCGGGCCCAGAUUCUGAAAAGGAACCAGAGCCCGCAGAGCCCAGUUGGGGCUUUUCAGCCGGACCGAAGACCAAGGCAGAUCAGGCCGAAGCCGCGAUUGCUCAAAUCGUGUAUCUGGAUCUGGUGCACAUGCUCAUCCUGAAACUUCCUUCGUUGCUUUGCGAGAGUGCUCGAGACCGACUAAGGGACCAAAUGGACCGACCACGUUCAAACGCCGAGGUCAAUUUCCUUCGCGCCAAAAGUGCACUGCUUCUCUGGGAUGCGCAGCAACUGGCUAAAGAAUACCCCGGGAAAAGCUCACCCGAAGCAUUGUUCACUGGUUGGCACGAACAACUGUGGAAAUUGAUGGAAUCCAUCGCCGUGCAUCGGAGCUUCCUUUCGUUGACGCUGAACAAGGGUUCUUUCUGUCCGAAGUUGCGCUUCAUCAUGCUGAGCAUCAAAGUCUGCAUGAUUCUGACGAUGACGGCCCGAAUCACACUGACCGAAGUGUUCGAAGUAUCCAACAAGGAGAUGUUCGCCUCGAGAAUCGAUGCAUGCUUAGAAAUCAUGAGCAUCACCAAUGACUUGAGUCCGGAGGAUUGCGAAUAUCUCGAUCCCGUUCUUUCCGUUUGUUGGACCGCGCUAAUCAAACUCGUGGAUUCCUGCACACACCAGCCAACGCAUGUCAAGCAGACCAUGAUGCACGACCCUGCGGCCCUGGCGUCUGUAAUCCGGGAUCGCAACCAGACCUUGCAGAGACUGCUGCCAUUUACACUCACCUUGAGCGAUCCUCCGUCAGAUGCCUCUCAAUUGCCAUGAUGGACUGCGUUGAACCCCGCUCCUUGUCUUGCUUUUGUUUUGUUCUAGCAACGGACUUUAAAUAAUCGCUAUCAUCUCUGUACCUUAAUACUAUUGCAAUUCAUUCGUUUCUCUCUCGUCCUGAUACAGCUCAAUUGCAUGCGAGCAGCUAGAUGUAUGGUUACUCACAAAUACUGGCCACAGGGCAUCCGUGCUCUCCCGACGCGGACAUAAGAACCUCGUCCGUUUCUCUCCCUGUUUCAAGGAUGCGAAAGCUUCAGGCAGUUGACGGCGUGCCGUAUCCCGCAUCAUUGGAAGAGGGUCAACUCCUGGCAUUGGAUCGGGCACAGUGAAUGCGUCUGUGAAGUUCUGCACCGCGGAUGAGACAAAGUAUGUGGCACAGGAAAAGACAGGUCUGACAGUAACAAAACCUUUCCAAGCACCGGCCACUCGCUUUGACAUGUUUCUACUCGCUUUCGAUGACAUCGAUGGAGACGCCGACUGCUCGGCCUCAGACUCAGCCGGUUUUUCGUCCAUGGAGGGAUUGAAGCUAGUGAUGGAAGAAUGCUGCGAGCUGACGGAAGAUGUUGAUUGGCCAGAGCAGAAAGAGGAAACAGACGUGCGGCGAGAAGGAGACGAGGCAGGGAAGCUUGUUUUUGUGGAGAAGAAAAGUGCUGGGUCUUCCACCUCAUAUCGAAUCAUCCUAUUGGCGUCACAAUGUCGUCCUGGCUUCUCCCCUCUACGUCUGCUGCUGGCAGGCUGCUCGCCGCACGCGGACUGACUCCUCCAGCUAUGUUCUCCGCACUGGCACUCUCCGUCGUCGACACCCUCUCCCUCCUGAAGCUCAGCCCACGAGAAUCUCCGCAGAUCUAAUGAGUCCCGGAUCACACGGCGUUUCCAGCCGUCUACCCGCUGUUGGUGGGUAGCUUUCAAGUAGGCUGAGUGUAUACAUUGAGAAGCAUCAUAGUCUGUUUGCUUGAGGACCGGAAUGAUGAUGCCGGUGGCAAGGAAGACGUUCGGAGCGGGGGGAUAGAAUUCAUGAUACUUUUGCUUAGGCUUGAAAGAGAACUUCGAGGAGGAGGAGGCCUGGACUCCAGGCAUGAUAGUCGUCAACGAGAGAAGAGGGAGCCCCAGUACAGCGUAUGCCCUGCAUUCUCAGUGUCCGAGACAUGUAGGCGGAUCAGCGAGAUGGGGCCAGUACAUAAGUUAAUUGAAACCGUCAAGAGAUUCAGAUUGUCCGUCACGUUAUCGUUGAUUACGUGAUUAUGUCGUCUGCGGUACCUUAAAGUUCUGCCCCGGACUUCCUUGGCCUGUAGAUUUCCUACUCAAUGCUGCCAAACAGGUCAAAGGACAUUCAAUUAUAGCUAUCGCCUGGCAUAUGUACAUGUGUGACCAGCAGUCAGUCAAUCAAAUCCCAAUCUUACCAGAUGCGUCCUUGUCCACUCCCAUCCAACGUCGCCAUGCAAGUCGAACACCGCGUUUCCACACCGUCUUGGAUCACCAGCUACUUCACCUCCCAGAAACAGCAGAAGAUUGUGCAUGAAGCUUUGAGGAAACGGGAACGUGCUCGCCAGGCCAUUCGCAGUUACCAUUUGGAAGGACUCCAAAAUCCACCUAAAGACGUUCCUCGGCCCAUCUUUGACUUCUAUUCGAUCGCACAAGGGACUCAUCCUGAUCAUGAACGGAAGAACCGUUAUUGUGAUAUCGUUCCAUACGACAGGACGCGCGUUCUUGACCCAAGGGACUCUCAG